AUGGUAAUGAUAACUUAUGUGACUACAACUGAUACAACUAACCCUAUAACAUUAUCGACAACAACUCUAAAACAGACUCCUGUAUGUGCCGCAGAAUGUCUUAAUCGUAUUGUACGCGCUAUUAUAUUCGGUGUAAUGCCCGUAAUAUCCAUACUCAUUUGUCUUGCGCUAAUUCGUGUCAUUAUCAAUAGAAUUGAAGUUUUCUAUUAUCGUCGACAAAAAAACUCGACUCAACGAAUAUCGUUGUCAGCGUACCAAACAGGUCGUUUAGUUCUUCCCUAUACACCUGUAGCACCUGCCGAACUACAACGGAUUAUUCAAGGUAGUCAUACAACAACAUCAGAAAAUGGUAAACUGAAACAUGGUAGAACAGCCUUGAAUAAUAAUACCUCAAUAUUUUUUCAAACAACUGAUGAUACAAAUACAAAUAAUAAUCGAAAAACAUUCUUAAAAUCGAUCACUACAAGUAAAUCGAAACAACCACUAUCCAAUGCAUUAUCGUCUCUUAUAAUGAAAAGAGAUAACGGUGAAAGUAAUCUGUUUAUGUCACUUUUAGCCACAUCACAAACACCAUCACAAACAACACCAAAAUUGAAUGCAACAAAUGAAAUGAAUAUUAAUGAUAAACAAUAUUUCUGUGUUAGACGCUCUUCUAUUGAAACUGUAUCAGUUAGUUCAUCAGUUCCACACAGAAGUUCAGACAUAUUAGAUUUAUACUACAAAAUAUCAGAAGAGUCUCAAAUAAAUGAACCCGAAACAACGACGAUGAUUGUUCAAGAAUCAACAGAAAACUUUGAAUUUGAUCCAUCGUCUCUCACAUCGUCCGUAAUAGGAUAUGAAAAUAUGAAAAACGAAACGCCAAUUCUAUCACCGUCAGAUAACAAUUGUGAACAAAAUCGUUCAUCUCUCUCAUCAAACGAAUGUUUAGCUGAACUGCAUCAUCAUAGGAAAUAA